AUGGUUGGUAUGAGAUUCUUCGUACUGACCUCUUGGAUGCUGGCGCUGGCCGCUGCAGAUGUCUCUCACCUACUGCAGGAUCCGGAGGGCUAUGGAUAUAACUAUCAGGCCCCUAGUGUGCCCUUCGAGUUACCCGCACCUACUUACUUACCACCCACAACGACCACCACUACGCCAGCACCUAAGCCCGCACCCACUUAUCUGCCACCGCCCCCACCACCGCCGAAACCCGCACCCGCCUACUUACCACCUACAACGACGACGACAACCACCACCACCACCACAACCACUACACCUGCGCCUACACCAGCGCCUACUUACUUGCCACCUCCGCCACCAACGCCGAAGGAAGGCUACCACUACGAAGCACCUGCAAAGCGUUUCAUAUUCUAG